AGAAACAGGCCCUAUAUCCGUCUCCUGACACCUGCAAUCAUGGUGCUGCUGGCGGCAGCAGUCUGCACCAAGGCCGGUAAGGCCAUUGUAUCAAGGCAGUUUGUUGAGAUGACCCGCACACGUAUUGAAGGACUUUUGGCCGCUUUUCCAAAGCUUAUGAACACAGGAAAGCAGCACACAUUUGUUGAGACAGAAAGUGUUCGGUAUGUUUACCAACCCAUGGAGAAGCUCUACAUGGUUCUUAUCACUACCAAGAACAGCAACAUCCUGGAGGACCUUGAAACACUCAGAUUGUUCUCCAGGGUGAUUCCUGAGUACUGCAGAGCUCUGGAGGAGACAGAGAUUUCAGACCACUGCUUUGAUCUGAUCUUUGCAUUUGAUGAGAUUGUGGCCCUUGGAUACAGAGAGAAUGUGAACCUGGCCCAAAUAAGAACUUUCACAGAGAUGGACUCGCAUGAGGAAAAGGUGUUCCGUGCAGUCAGAGAGACACAGGAAAGAGAAGCCAAGGCAGAGAUGCGACGCAAAGCCAAGGAGCUUCAGCAGGCUAGAAGGGAUGCAGAGCGGCAGGGCAAGAAGGCUCCUGGAUUUGGAGGGUUUGGAAGUUCGGGUGGUUCCUCCAUGUCUAACAAUGCAGUUUCGCUGAUUACAGAGACCAUUAUAGAACCAGAGAAAACAAAGAGUGCCCCUGUUCCAUCACGGCCAUCUGGUUCUGGCAAAGCCCUGAAACUUGGAGCUAAAGGGAAGGAGGUGGAUAACUUUGUGGACAAAUUAAAAUCUGAAGGAGAAACUAUUGUCACCCCUUCAUCUGGCAAGAGGCAGUCAGAAGUGGCCAAGGUGCUUGCUCCUCCCGUGAACAUGGAGAGUGUUCACUUGAGGGUUGAAGAAAAAAUUUCCCUUACUUGCAGCCGGGAUGGAGGACUUCAGAAUAUGGAGGUUCACGGGCUGAUUAUGCUCAGAGUGACAGAUGAUAAGUUUGGCAGGAUCCGUGUGCACAUUGAAAAUGAAGAUAAAAAAGGAGUACAACUGCAGACUCAUCCCAAUGUGGACAAAAAACUUUUCACUUCGGAUUCGGUAAUUGGGCUGAAAAACCCAGAAAAAUCCUUCCCUCUGAAUAGUGACGUGGGUGUCUUGAAGUGGAGACUGCAGACCACAGAUGAGUCUUUUAUUCCCCUCACCAUUAACUGUUGGCCAUCAGAAAGUGGGAAUGGCUGUGAUGUUAACAUAGAAUAUGAACUCCAGGAAGAAAGGCUGGAACUGAAUGAUGUUGUCAUUACCAUUCCUCUACCGGCUGGAGUAGGAUCUCCAGUAAUAGGAGAUAUAGAUGGAGAUUAUCACCAUGACAGCAGGAGAAAUACACUUGAAUGGACACUGCCAGUUAUAGAUUCCAAGAAUAAGACCGGGAGCCUGGAGUUCAGCAUCGCUGGACACCCUAAUGACUUCUUCCCUGUCACCGUGUCUUUUGUGUCCAAAAAGAACUACUGUAGCCUACAUGUGACCAAAGUAACCCAGGUGGAUGGUAACAGUUCAGUAAGGUUUUCUACUGAAACAUCCUUCUUGGUGGAUAAGUAUGAAAUUCUGUAACAACAAUGGAGCGAAGAGUUGACCACAGCAAAUUUUUCUUUUUUUUUUUUUUUUGCAAGUUGGAAAAGGAGCACCUGAAGGAUUUCUUUCUGCCCUUAAACAUGCAGGCGUUCAGAAAAUAAACAUAUAUAUAUAUAUAUAUAUAUAUAUAUAUAUAUAUGUAUUUUCUGCAGAUUUUGUCCACUCCAACCUUUGGGAGGGGGUUAAAACACACAGAUUUAAUUUCCUGUUCUGCUUCAGUAUAUUAAUCUCUUUGUUGAAAGAGGAAUAGUGAUUUACAUCCUCUUUAUUUCAACAAGGAUUUGUUUUUCCCUUCUUACAACCAUCCCAUUAUUAUGGGAUGUGAAUAUUGCAAACAAUGAUAAUUUAUAUAUCUGAGCUCCUGUUAACAUUAAGUUUGUCUCCAGUUUUGUUUUGGAUUAGUCCAAUUUUUAUGCCUUAGUCAUCAUUAAACCUUCCCUUGCCAUUUUUUGAAGAGAAAUUGGGUGGUUUAUUGAGGAGGGAGGGGGGUUUCUGGGAGCACAGACAAUUUGGGGAAGAGGGAGAAGGAACAUGUUCUCUUGUAACCCUGUUUAUUUGCAUAGAAGAUCUGCACAUUCCAUAGUUAAAACAGAAAUACUGUUCUGUAACCCAAUAAAUAAAUCAAAUUUAAAGUGGAAA